UUUAUUUUGUUACUGAUGAGUCUGUGGUUGAUUUGUUUUAAAGGUGUGUUUGGUGAGUCAGUGUCAGUUAUGGAGGGAGAUUCUGUCACUCUAAGCACUGAUGAUACUAAAAAACAUGACGAUUACAUUCUGUGGAGAUUUGGAGCUGAAAGGUCUCUGAUAGCUCAGAUCAGUAAAGAGGAUGGACUCUUUAGCAUAUUUGAUGUUCCUGAUGGGAGAUUCAUGGACAGACUGAAGCUGGACUAUCAAACUGGAUCUCUGACCAUCACAAACAUCACAACUGAACUCGCUGGACUCUAUCAACUAGAUAUUAGUGGAGUGAAACACUCAUCAAAAACAUUCAGUGUUUCUGUCUAUGCUCGUCUGCCUGUUCCUGUCAUCAGCAGAGACUCUUCACAAUGUUCUUCAUCAUCAUCAUCAUCACAGCAGAAUUGUUCACUGCUGUGUUCAGUGUUGAAUGUGAGUCAUGUGACUCUCUCCUGGUACAAAGAAAACAGUUUAUUGUCCAGCAUCAGUGUGUCUGAUCUCAGCAUCAGUCUCUCUCUACCUCUGGAGGUGGAAUAUCAGGAUAACAACACCUACAGCUGUGUGCUCAACAAUCCCAUCAGCAACCAGACUCAACAUCUG